AUGGGCAACCAAACGACGACGAGAUCGUUUGGCGGCGACGCGUUCAACGACCAAGAAACGCGCAGCCAACCCUUGGUCGAUUCACCAAUGCUCGGUGUCGAGAAGUUUGAAGAUGAAGACCCGACAGUCUAUCACAUGCACAAACCAUAUGAGUCCGAGAGAUUUACGCGCUGGUUAACCACCUUCGACGACACCUCAAGUGAAGAAGAAACUAUCCUUCCUCUCCCUCUCCUUCCCAAACCUCUUAGUCCAUCCAAGGUUGAGCGUAGACCAGAAUCAUUCCACGAGAUUCUUCUGUCUGAGAAAAGUUUACUGCCUGAAUCAGCGCGGGCCAUACUAGAAGCAGAAAUGAACGCAGACAAGACAGCAGAUUGGACUUCAGAAUGGGCCCAGGAGCUCAGGAGUCUUCAGAGAAAGCAACACCGUUCCAACCUCCAAAAGCAUGGCGGUAAUUCAACCGCUCGAUUGCAAGUCCAACCAACAGCUUGGCGCACGAAGAAAGCCAAAGGGUUUAGAGCCUUGAUGGCGAAGGAGCUNCUUUCUGGCUACAGUAUCGGUACCUUUCUGGAGUUGCCGGUGAUGGAAAGACUGGCAACGUAUCAUGACAAGUUAGAGGCUCCAGGCAUGAACGAGCUAUCCGACCCUUCGACUAUCAGCACCGACCUGCCGACGCAUUGUAUCGCUUCGAUCCCCAAUCAACAUGCUCGUUCGUUCCUGACCGCCUCUGCUCUCGAUCUUCUACCACCCAAACAUCGGGUAGUUUGGCAAGAGGCACAACGCCACUUUUGGAGAAACAAUGUGUUUGUUGUCAAUGCCUCACACCUAAAGGCAGUGCUGAAUAGGCUGGACGCUCGGGUCAAGAGCCAUGUAGCUAUGCUCCACGUCGAUCUAGAGGCUCUAGACGAUCUGGACGAUCUAGCCUGCUACAGUACCUCACACCUCGACAACAACAACAGCCAAUCCCUCCAGACUAUUCACCAGCAAAACCAAGAUCUGAGGCGACUUAUGCAGGAAUGCUACGAGCUAUCUUGGGCGAGGAUCCAUGUACACAGCGAAUGGAUGAAGGGCGACAUUUACGACCUGGUAAAAGCUCACCGCGUAUGCCAGUCUUUUACAGACCAGCACAGAUGUCGAUACAUUGUCCAAUACAACAAGAUCUGCAUGAAUACUCAGCGACGUGUGGAGUAUCUGACAUGGCUUCUCUGCAAGUCGUUAAAGUGCAAGGAGAACACCGUCUUCAUCGAUGUCGAGCAUCUUGGUCUCGACGGUACCACGACAAUCCUCGAAGUCAAAAUCGACCAUGCAAAGCUUGACAAGGUCGACAAAGAGAUACGAGCAGCCUGGAAGGAACAGAGAGAACGCAAGAAGAAGGAACAACACAACGACUCGCGAGCACCAAGAGUGCCAUCUGUCAAGAAGUUCAAAGGGGUCGAGCUGAUCGACCUGACCUAA